AAGUUGGCCGGCAUCGAGAUAAGGCACUGAUACAGCUUGUUUAUAGCCCAGCCAUCAGCCCAUAGUUCAACAAUUGUCUAACUGUGUUGAUCCAAAAGUUUCAUUCUCAGAGUCUAGUGUUAUUGCCUAUCAUGCCUACAACUUACGCCUCACACCCCGAUUACGGCUAUGACCGCGACUUUAAGGGAUAUGGAGAGAAGGGUCUAGCAGGAUUGAAGUGGCCCAACAACGCCAGGAUCGCUGUAUCAUUCGUCAUCAAUUACGAAGAGGGCGGCGAGCGCUGUGUCCAAAGUGGCGAUGGCGUCUCAGAGACAAACCUCCGCGAACACCCUACAACACCACGCAUGAACGAGCGCGACCUCAACGGUGAAUCAGAGUACGAAUAUGGCUCUCGCGUUGGUUUCUGGAGAUUGUUCAAGCUCUUCAACCAGCAUAAGAUGAAGUUCACGCUUUACGCUGUUGCCCAAGCUGUUGAGCAGCAGCCUGAAGUAGCUACCCGCUGUGUCGAAGAGGGCCAUGAUGUAGCUUCCCAUGCUUACCGCUGGGUAGAUCAUCAUGAUUGGUCUGUUGAGAAGGAGAAGGAAUACAUCAAAAAGGGCAUCAGAAGUUUGAAGAACUUGACUGGAUAUGCGCCUAAGGGAUGGUACUACGGCCGUCCUUCGCCGCACAGCCGCACUCUGAUUCCUCAGGUUUACGAAGAAAUGGGUGAAGAGCUCGUUUGGGCAAGUGAUACAUACGCCGACGACGUACCAUACUGGAUUGAUCUCCCCACCGAGCGAGAAAAGCCGAACCCCAAGGGCUGUCUGAUGGUUCCGUACAGCUACGACUGCAAUGAUUUCAAGUUCCACGUCGUCACUGGCUUUCGCGACUCUACCAGUUUCUACACUCAUCUCAAGAAUGCAUUCGAUGUGCUGUACGAAGAGGGAGAGGCGGGUGAGCCCAAGAUGAUGACUAUUGGCUUGCAUUGUCGUAUUAUUGGGCGGCCGGGACGGUUUAAGGCUUUGAAGGAUUUUGUGGAGUAUAUUGCUCAGAAGGAGGGUGUUUGGGUUGCGACGAGGACGGACAUUGCUGAGGCUUUUAGGGAGCAGUUUCCUUACAAGAAGGGUGAGUUGGCUUAAUAGAAUAGUUAAAUAGAUGACUCAAUAAUCAGUUGUAUUCCCACGAUCUGCUUUGUCCUAUUCAUAAAGGCCGAAGAGAAGCCAAUGGUUUCGAGGACGACAACAAAAA